GUGAUAUCUUCUUAUUCUCUCUGCCAUUCUUUUAGCCAUCCCAAUAUAAUAUUCAAAAGUCUUUAGAGAAUUCACCAGCUGUAGUAGCAAAUACGAUUUAUAUUUGUACAUCAAAAACUAUGUCUUGGCGAGAGAUUGCAAAAGAUAAGAAAGAGAGAAUCGCCGCCAGUAUUCCUUCGGAAUGGCGUCUGAAAAAUCAGCCUACUGAUGCUUCUGUGAUGGGAUACACUGGCACUACUGAUAUCAUGUCUAUUGAUGAGGUUGCCAUCACAAACUCAUCAGCUACUGAUCUCGUGGCCAAGAUGGCCAUGGGUGAAUUGACCUCUGUUGCAGUAACAUCGGCAUUUUGCAAAAGAGCUGCAUUAGCUCAUCAACUUGUGAGUAGCUCACAAUUACACCAUGGAGAGUAUUAAUGAUAGCAAGCUCAACUGUGCACUUGAAUUCUUCCCUGAGAUGGCUCUUGUGAGAGCUAGAGAGUUAGACGAGUAUCUUAAGAAAACUGGAAAAACGGUUGGCCCGCUUCAUGGUCUGCCGAUCUCCUUGAAAGAUCAAUUUAGGAUCAAGGUGGGUGAGUUAGAACCAUAGUAUGGGUUCGACGCUUAUUUGAAUGUUUUUUAGGGCCUAGAAACAUGUAUGGGAUAUGUUUCGUGGAUUGGGAAAUACGAAGAUCAUAAUUCGAUACUUGUGAGACUUUUACUCCAAGCCGGCGCGGUAUUUUACGUUAAAACCAACGUUCCCCAAAGUUUGAUGUGUGGUGAAACUAUCAAUAAUGUUAUCGGCAGGACAGUGAACCCUCAUAACAAGAAUUGGUCUUGUGGUGGUUCGUCAGGAGGCGAAGGCGCAAAUAUUGCAUUCCGAGGCGGAGUUAUCGGGGUGGGAACUGAUAUCGGUGGUUCGAUUCGUAUACCCGCCGCGUUCAAUUUCCUGUAUGGUUUACGUCCAAGUCAUGGGCGUCUUCCCUAUGGAAAGAUGGCAAAUAGUAUGGAGGGUCAGGAAACUGUGCAUAGUGUUUGUGGUCCCAUUGCACAUUCGGUAGCUGGUUUGUUAUAUCCUCGUUGAUAUUCCGUGUCGAGGCUCAUGAUAUGUCCAGAUAUGCGAUUAUUUGUGCAAGCGGUCCUUGCGGAAGAACCGUGGAAAUUUGAUGCUAAAGUUGUUCCCAUGCCGUGGCGACAAUCGGAAGCCGAUGUUAUAAAGUCUAGAAUUCUAGAUGGUGGCUUGACGAUUGGAUACUAUGAUUGUGAUGGUAUUGUAAGUGUUGAGUCUUUUGUGAUCUUACUCCCUCGCUGUGGUAAUCCCCUUACUGCACGAGACGAGAAUGGUCUUGGAUAUGUGACUUGAAUGGAGAUGAUCCAGGGACCUCGAAGAUCCCGAGCUAGACGAGAGUGCCUAACAUCGCAUACUAGAUAGAACACAUAUGAACAAUUUGAUGCUAACUAUUUUAGGCAUUACCUCACCCUCCUGUCCUCCGUGGCAUUAAGACAGUCAUCGAUACUCUAAAAAGGAACGGCCAUGAAGUAUUCAAAUGGAUACCAUACAAGCAUGACCAUGCCCAAAAUCUCAUAAACGCAAUAUAUGGUGCAGAUGCCGGAAAAGUAAGUACCAACUCACCAUAAAACAUCCACUGUUACCAUAAUUUCUUACACACUAAACACAUCAAAGGACAUCCACGGCGUUCUCUCCGAAUCCGGCGAGCCCGCCAUCCCUAACAUAUCAGACUUUGUCAACCCAAACAGCACGCCCCUUUCACUCAACCAACUCUGGGACGUGCAUCUCCAAAAAUGGACAUACCAAUGCGAAUACCUCGAACAAUUCCGAGUGAUGGAAGAAAAACUCGGAAGGGAAAUCGAUGCCAUUGUGGCUCCUGUGGCUCCUACGGCGGCGGUGCGUCAUGAUCGGUAUAUGCAUUAUGCGUAUACGACUGUGAUUAAUCUGUUAGAUUUUACGAGUGUGGUUGUGCCGGUUUUGUUUGCGGAUAGGGGUGUGGAUGGGAGGAUGGAGGGGUUUAAGGCGUUGAGUGAGAUUGAUGAGGUUGUGCAGGGAGAAUGUAAGUUUUAUUUUUAGUUUGUUGUUGUUUCUGUUGGAGAUGGUUAUUGAUAUUUAACUAGAUGAUCCCGAGGCGUAUCAUGGGGCACCAGUUGCAGUUCAGAUUAUCGGGAGACGAUUGACUGAGGAGAGAAUUCUGGAGAUUGCGGAGGAAAUUGGGAGGUUGCUUGGGAAUGAGAUUAUUUCUUAAAUUGAAUAGCUUUUCCAGAUGAUAUUUGCUGUGAUGAAACUUAAGGGAAUUAAUAUGAGAUUAAUAUCUACCUUUAUCUCUUUUUCUGAGCUCAUUUUGACUAUAUCUAUCAAUCUUAUAUUUGUGAAUAAC